UUAUCAGAUCCAGAACAAAAGGUACUGUUUGGUGUAGCGCAGAGCAUUUUCGACCAACCAUAGCGAUCUCGUCUUUGAUUUGGGGAAACAGGAGUCUCAUACAAUAUCAGUGUCCAGUUGCAGGGGGUCCGUUUGAAUUUAAAAAAUGCUCCGUUAUUAAAAUAAAGACCUAGUCUGCACCUUAAUGUAUUUACUGGCUGUGAGCGAACGAGUGAUGCGCAUUUGGAGCAAUACUGGCUGUAUCCAAGGCUCAGCCAAUCGUUUACAUAAUAACAGAAUGCAGCACAGCAGGGACUGAAGAAAGAAGAGACAACCAAUUUGCUAGUUACAGCAUCCGGAAAGUCAGCUUGCUAGUUACAACAGCGCGUCCCUGGGCAACAACGAGAUGGUAACGUUAGGUGAGAUGCCUGACCACGGAGACGGGGGUGAGAAGGUGAUGAAGCAUACUUCCUGAGCUGUAACCGGAAAACUACUGGCAUUUGGAAAGUUUGAGUUUGUGGUUCAUUUUCAGAAUGAGAUAAUUAGGUGAAAAUGAGGCGUUGCUUGUUAAACGUGGAUUCGGGAGUGUAGCUGGAGCUGGGCCUGGUUUAAGCUUGAUGCCACUAUAGAGAUAUCUGGCUCCAUGAAAAAGUAUCUGGAGAAAUUCACAAACGAAGAUGGCGGUGCAAGAGACAGCUGCCCAACUCUCCAUGGCUCUGAAGGUUCAAGAAUAUCCCACUUUGAAGGUACCAUAUGAAACUCUGAACAAGCGCUUCAGAGCUGCACAGAAGAACAUUGACCGGGAGACUAGUCACGUAACCAUGGUGGUGGCAGAGCUGGAGAAGACCCUCAGCAGUUUCCCAGUGGUGGAUUCUGUGGUGUCCCUUCUGGAUGGGGUGGUGGAGAAGCUCAGUGCCCUGAAGAGAAAGGCUGCUGAGUCCAUCCAGGCUGAGGAUGAGAGUGCUAAGCUGUGUAAGCGGAGGAUUGAACACCUGAAGGAACACAGCAGCGACCAACCAGCAGGCGUCAACGUCUGGAAGAAGAAACGAAUGGACCGCAUGAUGGUAGAACACUUGCUGCGGUGUGGCUAUUACAACACAGCGGUCAAACUGGCACGGCAAAGUGGCAUUGAGGAUCUGGUCAACAUUGAGAUGUUCCUCACAGCCAAAGAGGUGGAGGAGUCACUGGAGCGACAGGAAACAGCCACCUGUUUGGCCUGGUGCCAUGACAACAAGUCACGCCUCCGCAAGAUGAAGAGCUGCUUGGAGUUUAGCCUGCGAAUCCAGGAGUUUAUCGAGCUCAUUCGACAGAACAAGCGCAUGGAUGCUGUCAGACAUGCGCGGAAGCACUUCAGCCAAGCGGAGGGGGGUCAGCUGGACGAAGUGCGGCAGGUUAUGGGCAUGCUGGCGUUCCCCUCAGACACCCAUAUCUCCCCUUAUAAGGAUCUCCUGGAUCCAGCCCGCUGGAAAAUGCUGAUCCAACAGUUCAGAUACGACAACUACAGAUUACAUCAGCUGGGCAACAACUCUGUGUUUACCAUCACACUCCAGGCCGGCUUGUCUGCUAUCAAAACUCCUCAGUGCUAUAAGGAAGAUAGCACCUCCAUAAACCCUGACUGCCCUGUGUGUAGCAAGUCCCUGAACAAACUGGCCCAGCCCCUGCCCAUGGCACAUUGUGCCAACUCCCGUCUGGUGUGCAAAAUCUCUGGGGAGGUGAUGAACGAGAACAACCCACCCAUGAUGCUGCCCAACGGCUAUGUGUAUGGAUACAAUUCUCUUCUAUCAAUUCGCCAAGAUGACAAGGUGAUCUGCCCCAGAACCAAAGAAGUCUACAACUUCUCUCAGGCUGAGAAGGUGUACAUCAUGUGAUGGGGUGGAUACUGGAUCUCAUGUGAUGCAUACACCUCUGCAGUGGAUCCCCCAGCAGAGCCUCCAGCCCCCAUGUGACUCAGCCAAACCCCCCCCCAGACUUGCCAAACCUGUCUCCCACUAUGGAGAGCAGGGCCAAAAUCACCUUGGGUAGAUUUUUGAAACUGGACUAAUUAACAGACUUAUAUUUAAAGUGUUGAUGUUCUGACUUUUAUUUAACUUGCAGUCCAACCAGCAGUGUGGAUCAUUAUAACUCUGUGUUGCUCCAAUAUGAUAAGAGCUUAUCUUUUGCCGUUUUACCUUAGAUAAAUCAGACUUACUUCAAUCAGAAACACAGGCUGAUCACCUUGGUGUUUGCUACAUGAUAGCACUCAUUUCAUGAUGCGCACAAUUUACAUAAUUUCUGUGUAGCCGUGGGGGAUAAAUAGAAACACCUUAAAAUUGGUAAUAUUGUGUUUGUCCCCCACUGUGAAAUCUGUGAUUGCAGAUCUGGGACGAUACACUUGAUAAUGUAAAUACUAGUGCAUUGAGCAUUUGUGUGCAGAUUCAGGUCUUUCAAAAUGUUAUAGGAAACAUUUUAAGAAAACUCCUCCUAGACCUUCCACUGGUCAGGCUUGAACAGUCUCACUGUUGUUGCUUGAAAUAUGGUAUGGCAACCUUGUACACAGACCUAAUGUAAACUCUACUACACUUUUGAGUAUCAUUGUGGAUUUGUGUCCUACAUGGGAACAUGCCAGGUCUGCUCACCACCUGAAGUGGACCUUGACGAAUGGUGUAACUUACAAAAUACUUUUUUUCAGAAGGAUGGGUUAAUUCAUCAGUGUACUUUUGAUAUUUAGUUCAAACAACUCUGACAUAGUCAAAAUACUGAUUGACUUAAUUUCAUACAUAUCUUUCAACGAUGAACAUUGCAUUGUAAUUAAAGAGAAUUUUGAUUAUAUUUUUUGCUCUUCAUUUUGUAUUAUCUUAUUGCCGAUUUUAAGACAUUUUGUAUGACUAACACAAAUUGCUGCAGAUUUCUCAAGGGGCUAUAGUUGGUCCAAGGAGUUCCUUGAAAUGAGCAAGGGUCACCUUAACAUAUGUUUCAGUACCUACCAUCUCUCCCACCUUUUUUUUUCUUCCCAUCUUGGUUGGUUGCUUCUGAACUGUUUAGUAUUGUUAUUGUAGAGAGGCUUUAGAAACUGAUGAUGCAUGUUUAUAUUGGUAGGAUAGAUUAAUUAUUGACGAUAAAAUUGUUUUACUA